GGCGGGGCGGUCCCGGCGGUCCCGGCGGUCCCGGCGAUGCUGGCGGUGCGGGGCGCGGGCGCUGCGCUCCGCCGGGCCUGGCUGCACGGACCGGGGCCCCGCUGCAGCAGCACGACAAAUGGGGGCACCGGAGCCAGGGGCGAUGCGUGGCCGCUGCGGGGCGGAGCGGCCCUCGGGUGCCCGCAGCGCGUGGUGGACCUGCGCAGCGACACUGUCACCCAGCCCAGCGAGGCGAUGAGGCGUGCCAUGGCCCAGGCUGCUGUGGGAGAUGACGACUAUGGCGAGGAUCCCACGGUCAAUGAGCUGCAGCACCUGGCUGCAAGGUUCCUAGGGAUGGAAGAAGCCCUUUUUGUACCCACAGCCACGAUGGCAAACCUCAUUGCAGUGAUGUGCCACUGCCAGCGCAGGGGGGCUCAGCUGCUCCUGGGCGCCGAGGCGCACCUGCACGUCUACGAGCACGGCGGGGUGGCGCAGGUCGCUGGGGUGCACUCCCAGGCGCUGCCGGACCUCCCCGAUGGCACCUUCGACCUGGAGCAGCUGGAGCUGGCCGUCCGCGAGGCCCACGGCAGCCGGUACCAUCCCCGCCCUGAGCUCGUCUGCCUGGAGAACACGCACAGCUCGGCGGGGGGCCGGGCGCUGCCCCUCGCCUACCUCCAGCAGGUCCAUCGGCUGGCGGAGCGCUACGGGCUGCGGGUGCACAUGGACGGAGCGCGGCUGAUGAACGCAGCAGUGGCCCAGGCCGUGGAGCCGGCGCAGAUCACCCAGCACUGCGACUCGGUGUCCCUGUGCUUCUCCAAGGGCCUGGGCGCCCCGGCUGGGGCCGUGCUCGCCGGCCGCCGGGCGUUUGUGGCGGAGGCCUGGCGCGUGCGGAAGCUGCUGGGCGGAGGGAUGCGGCAGGCAGGCGUGCUGGCAGCCGCUGCCCGCAUCGGGCUGGAGCAGGCAGAGGCAACGCUGCGCAGAGACCACAGCAAUGCCCGGCGCUUUGCUCAAGGCGUCCAGGAGCUGAAGUCGCCUCUGUGCUCCGUCAGCCUCCCGGCUGUGGAGACGAACAUGGUGAUGGUGGCGGUGACGGGGGGCUGGCCAUCUCCAGCAGAGCUCUGCGCGUACAUGCAGGCAGUGAGCGAGGAGGAGCUGGCUGAGACAGGCCACGCCGUCAGCGUGCGGCUCUUCCCCUGGUCAGCACACACUCUGCGCGCCGUCUGGCACCGCGACGUCUCAGCCCGCGACACCGAGCUGGCAGUGAACAAGCUGGGCUUUGUGGCCAGGAAGUGCCAGGAGAGGCUGGCCCUGGGGCUGGGCCCCUGGCCUCCGGGUGCAGCGGGGCACUGAGCCCAGACAGGAGCGUGCCUCCCCCAGCCCCAGUGGCAGACAACGGGCGGGUCUGCAGGCUGGGGCAGCCCGCAAAGGGGCUGGGACCACCCGCAGCGUGCUCCAGGCACGGUCCCCGCAGGCUGCAGCACAACACCCACAUCACCCACCCAUCCUUGCCUGCCACCCCGCAAGCCAGCGUGCCAGCCCAGCCCCGGGAGAGCGCAGGUCACAGCUUCCCGAGCGAGCCCCACGCCUCCUGGCAGGGAGCUCCUUCCCAGACAUGCCCUGGGGACAGCGGGGAUCCCGCAGCUCAAACACCAUCCAGGCCAUGCCAAGGCAGCUCCUCACCCAGCAAACACCAUCUGAGCACUCUCUGGUCUUCAGCCCACACAGCGUCCAGAGGCAGAGCCAGGCACCCCCCGCUCCGGGCGCCCCAGCAUCUGGGGCCGUGGGGGCCGGGCUGCACAGGAACAGCAGGGCAGGAAGCGUUCUGUGCAGCCCUGUGCGCUCAGCUCAGUUCUUGCUGCUCUAACCGGGGUCUAAAUAAAUGUGCUCUGGCAAUGCUA